CCGUGGACGGACCCGUGCCAGCCCCGGUCCGUGGACAUGGAGGGAGACUCCGGAUCCGGGGUCCCGGCGCUGUCGGGCGGGGAUGGAGCGGGCGCGGGACAGGGCCUGGGCCCGGCCGAUGAGGACCGGGACAUGGAGGGGGCCCCUAGCUGCUCGGGGUCGCGCUCUCUCCCCUUCGAGUUCGAGCGGGGUCGCUCGGAGUCCAGCGGCGAUGAGGACGACGACGACGAAGACGACGAAGAAGAGGAGGUGGAGGAAGAGGAGAUGGAAAGCGGCACCAGGGCUCGGUUCGGAACGGAUGACGGGGAGCUGGACUCGGACGACGACCAGGAGCGUAUGAUAAACCUCACAGAGUUGACCCCCUACAUCCUGUGUUCCAUCUGCAAAGGUUACUUUAUCGAUGCUACAACUAUUACAGAAUGUCUGCACACCUUUUGUAAAAGCUGCAUUGUGAGACACUUCUACUAUAGCAACAGAUGUCCAAAGUGCAAUAUUGUUGUACAUCAGACGCAGCCCCUCUAUAAUAUCAGACUGGACCGACAACUGCAAGAUAUAGUCUAUAAAUUAGUUGUCAAUCUGGAGGAAAGAGAGAAAAAACAAAUGCAUGACUUCUAUAAAGAAAGAGGAUUAGAAGUGCCCAAACCAGCUGUCCCACAGCCCGUUCCACCGAGCAGAGGAAGACCUCGAAAAGUUCUGGGCUCAGUGUUCCGGAUCCCACCAGAACUUGACAUUUCCAUACUUCUGGAGUUUAUUGGAGCUAAUGAAGGCACAGGGAAUUUUAAGCCUUUGGAAAAGAAGUUUGUGCGUGUUUCCGGGGAAGCAACAAUUGGACAUGUGGAGAAAUUCCUCAGAAGAAAAAUGGAUCUAGACCCUGCUUGUCAGGUGGAUAUAAUAUGUGGUGAUCACCUGCUGGAGCACUACCAGACACUGAGGGAAAUUCGUCAGGUCAUAGGGGAGAGUGCAGUACAGGAUGGUCUGCUUGUACUGCACUAUGGCCUGGUGGUAUCUCCACUAACUUAAAGGUGCCUGGAAUAUCAGAAAGCAAAAGGAUCUGAAGUCAAUGCAGCUUCUUCAGUGCUGUUUCUCACCAAAGAAGCCAUCGCAUUUCCUGUGGCAGGAAGCAAGUGAAAGGAGCCACCACAAACUGCUGUGUGCUUGUAAUGUAACGUCUGACUUUACCACUGUAAAAAAUUGCAGCUUCUGUAAGUACAGCUGUAGAUCUUGCUAUGCUUCAUGUUACAAAUUACUGUCUUCAAAUUUCACUCAGCUCAGGGAAAUUAAAUGCUCGAAGUAGCUGAUUUUUUUUUUUUUACUUUGUAAAACCAUAAGAUUUCACAGGGUGAACAGCCUUUUUUUCCUCUAAGCUCUGAGAUUUCUCUUGCUGUCUAAGUAUCUAGCUAGAACAGUGCUCUCAGGGAUGAUCUUCAUUGAGCAGUAUAAUUUGUUUUGGGGAAGAAAUAGCCUAAAAAAAAGUAUACUCUGAUCAUCUGUCUUUGGAUGUGAUUUGGGGAGAGGAAGGAAACUUCAGAAAUGUAGACCAAAAUAUUUAGAAAAUGAUGCAGCAUAAGCAUUAUUUUUUUGAGAAGUAGCAUUAAAUUUGUUGUUUUUCUUGAAGAAAGACAAUUUUGUUUGCACUGGAAAUAUAUUUGCUGGUAGUUUGGCUUAUACCAAAUGGCGGAUCAUGCGUCUCUAGUCUGAAUAGAGAUGAGCUGGCUGUAAGCUGGUUAAACUAUGCAUGAAAAAAAAGAAGUAGCACCUCUUUCUACCUGCUUGCUGUAUAUAAUCACUGUCACUCUGAUUUAAAAUCCAUCAGUUAACAACUGACUUGACUGUCAGGAGUAUAAAUCCAUUCACUUUAGUACAUACCUCUCCAGCAGCUGUGAAAAUGGUCAUUUUUUCCACUCUUUCUAAUGUGUUUUAGUGCAUUGUAGUGAAGGCCAGGGUUGAGUAAUGUAAUAACCUGGCUGUUACUACCAGAUUCACAGAGGACAUUAGGUGACUUUAAUUUUAACAUGUUAAAAUACUAGAUUUUGUGACAAGCAUAACACUUCAAAUUUUCUUCUGUUUAAGAUUUCCAUGUUGUCUCGUGCAGCAUUAAGGACCAGAGAGCUCUGUGUCUUAUGGUCCUGCUGCAUACUGGGUCAUUCAUGAAAGCUUCCGUUAGGCACCAGGCUCCUUCCCCUCCCUACAGUCAGUGUAGGGAAAAGGAGGAGAUUCCUUUGUAAGGCAUUUCAGAGCACCUAAGUUACAGAACCAUAGGGCUGGAGAUCAUUCAGUCCAACCUCCCUGCCAAGGCAGGGUCACCCAGAGCAGGUGACAGAGGAAUGUGCCCAGGUGGGUUUGGAAUGUCUCCAGAGAGGAGUGCUCUGCCACCCUCAAUGUAAAGAAGUUCUUCCUUCUUUCACUCCUCCUUUCUUUUUUUCAGUCAUCUGGUGAGGCAACAGCAGCAGCUGAGCUAGAUCCAGGGGUUAAGGUUUGAUUGAGCUGUACAGGGGUUCUGGAGCUUGGGGACACUUGAGGAGCAGCCCCAAGCUCCACCCAGACGUGGAAGCCCUUGGCAGCCAGUCAGGCCUGGGGGGGACAUUGCCAGGAGAAGCAAGGGACAUUUAAGUGUCCCUAAGGAGCAGAGCAGCCCCUUAUGGCUUCUGCUGGACCCUCUCCAGGAGGUCUGUGUUUUUCUUGUACUGACGAGCCCAGAAAUGGACACAGCACUCCAGAUGUGGCCUCACCAGGCUGAGUAGAGGGGCAGCAUCACUUCCCUUGGCCACACUCUUCCCAGUGCACCCCCGGGGCUGCAAGGGCUCAAAUGUAUUUGUUCACUGUCAGUCCAAGAGGACUGGCAUCCUUUGUCUAAAGAAAGCUUUCAUGAAUCCUCCCUCAGGUCUUUACAAUAAACAUUGUUUUGUCUGUGAAGGUGGUACAUAAGAAAAACAAGUUUUGUUUGAAGUAAUUCUCAUGAUGCUUCUAAAAAUGUAACAAAAAGCCUUUUUAGCUAAAACUCCUAUUUUACCUUUAAAGUUUGUAUGAAAGUAGUGUUUAAAAUGCAGCAGAAAAUGAGAUUAUUUUGUAAACACCUCGUGAGUCAUGUUGAUAAAAGAUUAUAUAUUGUAACAGCAAAAUAAACUUUAUUUUAGCCAAUUUAAAA